GUGCUCAUGCUCCGCCGCGCCGCUGGGGGGCGCUGUGCUCAUGCGCCGCCGCCCCGCCCUCAUCCCGCCCCUUCCGCCUCUUCCGCAGCCGCCAUCGCCGGGACGCCGGGCCGCGCAGCGCUAUGUCGUCUCACAAGACUUUCAAGAUCAAACGCUUCCUCGCCAAGAAGCAGAAGCAAAAUCGCCCCAUUCCGCAAUGGAUUCGCAUGAAAACGGGCAAUAAGAUCAGGUACAACUCCAAAAGGAGGCACUGGAGAAGGACCAAACUGGGCUUGUAACACAGACUGUCUCCCAGGAGCUCUAAUAACGCUGGUCUUUCUGCGUCAGAUCGAUAGACCCCAAAUGCUGAUAACAGCCCUCAAGACAUUCCUCCUGUAGGACCGCACUGCGGUGCUAUGGGCCAGGCCAGGCUCAUGAUAUCAACAGGAACAAUCUUAAAGCGUUUGGCAUCUGAAACAUGAAGACUGUGUUCUAUUAGCGUUCUUUUUCUUUCAGGAAUCAUAAGUAUUAACAGUGUACGGGCUUGUUAAUAAAUAUGGACCUGAAUGAA